UCUCGCGAAAAAACAAGUGAUUUUUUGCGUAGACGCAAAGAAUUGGAAGAGGAGUGUAAAAGACUGUCUACUCAGGUUGAGCAAAAUAAUGCAGUAUGGAUCUCAAGAUUACAGACAGCUCGCAAUCAGCAAACGAGGUUUGAAGAACUAAUUAGCUGUUCCGUUCGCAUAGCAAAACAGAACAACGAAAAGAAAGCGGUGAAAGCAUUAACAGAGCGUUUGGCGGAGUUGCAGACGGAAUGUUGUCAAUUCGAAAAGGACCGAGCCAAGCUGAAAAAAGAAUGUGAGAUUAUUUUAUAA